UGCUUCCAAAAAUGCAAUAAUCUAAUUGCAUAAAUUUACAUAAAUUUGCAUAAUCACCCGGCUGCCUCUCCGGGCCAGUGAGCACGGCUCGGCCUUGUCAAUAGCCCGUGAGAGCUGCGCCCCCUCCGCGGCCAACACCUCCCCGGCCCGGACACCUUCCUCCGGCCCUGCUCAGGUUCCCUCCAUCCCCAGCCAUGGCGGCGCGGGUGGCUCAGCGGGACACCGCCGAGCGCUACCUCUUUGUGGACCGGGACUCGGUGGGGAACCCGGCCACGCAGGCGGACUGGACGGCCAAGCGGCUGGUGUGGGUGCCCUCGGAGCGGCACGGCUUCGAGGCGGCCAGCCUGCGGGACGAGCGGGCCGAUGAGGUGCUGGUGGAGCUGGCGGAGAACGGGCGCCAGGUGCUGGUGCCCAAACACGAGGUGCAGAAGAUGAACCCCCCGAAGUUCUCCAAGGUGGAGGACAUGGCCGAGCUGACCUGCCUCAACGAGGCCUCCGUGCUGCACAACCUCAAGGACCGCUACUACUCCGGCCUCAUCUACACGUAUUCAGGGCUGUUCUGUGUGGUCAUCAACCCCUACAAGAACCUGCCCAUCUACACGGAGCAGAUUGUCGAGAUGUAUCGGGGCAAGAAGCGCCAUGAGAUGCCGCCCCACAUCUACGCCAUCUCGGAGGCCGCCUACCGCAGCAUGCUGCAGGACCGAGAGGAUCAGUCCAUCCUGUGCACGGGCGAGUCCGGCGCCGGGAAGACGGAGAACACCAAGAAGGUGAUCCAGUACCUGGCCCACGUGGCCUCCUCCCACAAGGCCCGCAAGGAGCAGAGCGUCCCGAGCUCCGGCCCCGUCUCCUACGGCGAGCUGGAGCGGCAGCUGCUUCAGGCCAACCCCAUCCUGGAGGCCUUCGGCAACGCCAAGACGGUGAAAAAUGACAACUCCUCCCGAUUCGGUAAAUUCAUCCGGAUCAAUUUUGACGUGGCCGGCUACAUUGUUGGAGCCAAUAUAGAGACAUACCUGCUGGAGAAAUCUCGCGCCAUCCGCCAGGCCAAGGACGAGAGAACCUUCCACAUCUUCUACCAGCUGCUGGUGGGGGCGGGCGAGAACACAAAGGCUGAGCUGCUGCUGGAGCCAUUCAACCAGUAUCGGUUCCUGUCCAACGGGUUCCUGCCCAUCCCGGGCCAGCAGGACAAGGAGAUCUUCCAGGAGACCAUGGAGUCCAUGCGCAUCAUGGGCUUCUCCCCCGAGGAGAUCCACAGCAUGCUGCGAAUGGUGUCGGCCGUGCUGCAGUUUGGGAACAUUGUCUUCCGCAAGGAGCGAAACACGGACCAGGCCUCUAUGCCGGACAACACAGCCGCCCAGAAGCUCUGCCACCUGCUGGGGCUGAACGUGACCGAGUUCUCCCGCGCCAUCCUCAUGCCACGCAUCAAGGUCGGGCGCGACUACGUGCAGAAGGCCCAGACCAAGGAGCAGGCGGAUUUCGCCAUCGAGGCGCUGGCCAAGGCGACCUAUGAGCGCCUGUUCCGCUGGCUCGUCCACCGCAUCAACCGGGCCCUGGACCGCACCAAGCGCCAGGGAGCCUCCUUCAUCGGCAUCCUCGACAUCGCCGGCUUCGAGAUCUUCCAGCUGAACUCCUUCGAGCAGCUCUGCAUCAACUACACCAACGAGAAACUGCAGCAGCUCUUCAACCACACCAUGUUCGUGCUGGAGCAGGAGGAGUACCAGCGCGAGGGCAUCGCCUGGGACUUCAUCGACUUCGGCCUGGACCUGCAGCCCUGCAUCGACCUCAUCGAGCGCCCGGUGAACCCCCCGGGGGUGCUGGCCCUGCUGGACGAGGAGUGCUGGUUCCCCAAAGCCACCGACAAGAGCUUUGUGGAGAAGGUGAUCCAGGAGCAGGGGGGGCACCCCAAGUUCCAGAAACCCCGGCAGCUGCGCGACAAGGCCGACUUCUGCAUCCUCCACUACGCGGGCAAGGUGGAUUACAAGGCAGACGAGUGGCUGAUGAAGAACAUGGACCCGCUGAACGACAAUGUGGCCACCCUGCUGCACCAGAGCGCGGAGCGCUUCACCGCCGAGCUCUGGAAGGACGUGGACCGGAUCGUGGGCCUGGACCAGGUGAGCGGCAUGGGGGAUGUGGCUUUCGGGCCCUCUUACAAGACCAAGAAGGGGAUGUUCCGCACCGUGGGCCAGCUCUACAAGGAGUCGCUGGCCAAGCUCAUGGCCACCCUGCGCAACACCAACCCCAACUUCGUGCGCUGCAUCAUCCCCAACCACGAGAAGCGGGCUGGGAAGCUGGAGCCCCACCUGGUGCUGGACCAGCUGCGAUGCAACGGAGUGCUGGAGGGCAUCCGCAUCUGCCGCCAGGGCUUCCCCAACCGCAUCAUCUUCCAGGAGUUCCGCCAGAGGUACGAGAUCCUGACAUCCAACGCCAUCCCCAAGGGCUUCAUGGACGGGAAACAGGCCUGCGAGCGCAUGAUCAAGGCCCUGGAGCUCGACGACAACUUGUACCGCAUCGGCCAGAGCAAGAUAUUCUUCCGGGCGGGGGUGCUGGCCCACCUGGAGGAGGAGCGGGACCUCAAGAUCACCGACAUCAUCGUCUCCUUCCAGGCCGCCGCGCGCGGGUACCUGGCCCGCAAGGCGUUCAUGAAGAAGCAGCAGCAGAUGAGCGCCCUCCGGGUGAUGCAGCGGAACUGCGCCGCCUACCUCAAACUGCGCCACUGGCAGUGGUGGCGCCUCUUCACCAAGGUGAAGCCGCUGCUGCAGGUGACGCGGCAGGACGAGGUGAUGCAGGCCAAGGCCGUGGAGCUGCAGAAGGUGCAGGAUCAACACGUGAAAACCCAGAGUGAGCUCCGGGAGCUGGAGAGCAAAUACCAGCAGCUGGCGGAGGAGAAGGCGAUCCUGGCGGAGCAGCUGCAGGCGGAGACGGAGCUGUUCGCCGAGGCGGAGGAGCUGCGGGCGCGCCUGGCCACCAAGAAGCAGGAGCUGGAGGAGAUCCUGCACGAGCUGGAGGGGCGGGUGGAGGAGGAGGAGGAGCGCUGCCAGCAGCUGCACACCGACAAGAAGAAGAUGCAGCAGCACAUUCAGGACCUGGAGGAGCAGCUGGAGGAAGAGGAGGCGGCUCGGCAGAAGCUGCAGCUGGAGAAGGUGACCACGGAGUCCAAGCUGAAGAAGAUGGAGGAGGAUUUGCUGCUGCUGGAGGACCAGAACUCGAAGCUGCACAAGGAGCGGAAGCUGAUGGAGGAGCGCCUGGCGGAGUUCACCUCGCACAUGACGGAGGAGGAGGAGAAGGUGAAGAGCCUGUCCAAACUGCGCAACAAAUACGAGGCCGUCCUCGCCGACAUGGAAGAGCGGCUGAAGAAGGAGGAGAAGGGGCGCCAGGAGCUGGAGAAGCAGCGGCGGCGGCUGGACGGGGAGACGAGCGACCUGCAGGAGCAGCUGCUGGAGUUGCAGCAGCAGCUGGAGGAGCUCCGGGCCCAGCUGGCCCGCAAGGAGGCCGAGCUGCAGACCGCCCUGGCCAGGCUGGAGGAGGAGGCGGCCCAGAAGAACCAGGUGCUGAAGGCCCUGCGGGAGCUGCAGGCCCAGCUGACGGAGCUGCAGGAGGACGUAGAGACAGAGCGGGUGGCUCGGGCCAAGGCCGAGAAGCAGCGACGGGACCUGGGCGAGGAGCUGGAGGCCCUGAAAACCGAGCUGGAGGAUACGCUGGACUCCACAGCCACCCAGCAGGAGCUACGGUCGAAGCGGGAGCAGGAGGUGGCCGAGCUGAAGAAGGGGAUCGAGGAUGAGGUGAAGGUGCACGAGGCCCAGGUGGUGGAGAUGCGCCAGCGACACGCCCACGCCCUGGAGGAGCUGUCCGAGCAGCUGGAGCAGUCGCGCCGGGUGAAAGGCGCCCUGGAGAAGGCGAAGCAGACGCUGGAGGGGGAGAAGGCGGAGCUGGCGCAGGAGGUGAAGGGGCUGCAGGCCGCCCGGCUGGACUCAGACCAGCGCCGCAAGAAGCUGGAAGGUCAGGUGCAGGAGCUGCAGAUCCGGGCCAGCGAGGCCGAGCGAGCCAAGGCCGAGCUCGCCGACCGCGUGGGCAAGCUGCAGAGUGAGCUGGACAGCGUCUCGGGGGCCCUGGGCACCACGGAGUCGAAGACGACCAAGCUCGCCAAGGAGCUGGCCAGCGUGGAGUCCCACCUGCAGGACACCCAGGAGCUGCUGCAGGAGGAGACGCGGCAGAAGCUGGCGCUGGGCUCGCGGGUGCGGCAGCUGGAGGAGGAGAAGGGCGCCGUGCUGGAGCAGCUGGAGGAGGAGGAGGCUGUGAAGGCCAACUUCAGCCGCCAGAUCCAGGCCCUGCAGCAGCAGGUGGUGGAGGCGCGGCGGAAGUUGGAGGAGGACGCGGGCACGGCGGAGGCGCUGGAGGAGGCCCGGCGCCGGGCAGCCCGGGAGCUGGAGCUGCUGGGGCAGCGCUGGGAGGAGAAGGCACAGGCGGCCGAGAAGCUGGAGAAGACCCGGGCACGGCUGCAGCAGGAGCUGGACGAUGCCAGCCUGGAGCUGGGCCAGCAGCGCCAGGCCGUGGCCAACCUGGAGCGCCGGCAGAAGAAGUUUGACCAGAUGCUGGCGGAGGAGAAGCUGGUGUCAGCGCGCCACGCGGAGGAGCGGGACCGGGCCGAGGCCGAAGCCCGGGAGAAGGAGACCAAGGUGCUGUCGCUGACCCGGGCGCUGGAGGAGUCGCUGGAGCUGCGGGAGGAGCUGGACCGGCAGAACAAGCAGCUCCGGGCUGAGCUGGAUGACCUGGUCAGCUCCAAGGACGACGUCGGCAAGAACGUGCACGAGCUGGAGCGGUCGAAGCGGGCGCUGGAGCAGCAGGUGCAGGAGAUGCGGGCGCAGCUGGAGGAGCUGGAGGACGAGCUGCAGGCCACGGAGGACGGGAAGCUGCGGCUGGAGGUGACCCUGCAGGCCAUGAAGGCGCAGCACGAGCGGGACCUGCAGAGCCGCGACGACAGCAACGAUGACAAGAAGAAGCUGCUCGCCAAGCAGGUGCGGGAUCUGGAGCAGGAGCUGGACGGCGAGCGGAAGCAGCGGGCCCAGGUGGUGGCGGCGCGGAAGAAGCUGGAGCUGGACCUGCAGGAGGUGCUGGGGCAGAUCGACACCGCCAACAAGGGGCGCGAAGAGGCCGUCAAGCAGCUCCGCAAACUGCAGGCCCAGAUGAAGGAGCUGUGGCGGGAGGUGGAGGAGUCGCGCACGUCCCGCGAGGAGAUCUUCAUCCAGUCCAGGGAGAACGAGAAGAAGCUGAAAAACUUGGAGGCGGAGCUACUUCAGCUGCAGGAGGAGCUGGCGGCGGCCGAGCGAGCCAAGCGGCAGGCGCAGCAGGAGCGUGACGACCUGGCUGACGAGCUGGCCAAUGGUGCCAGCAGCAAGUCGGCACUGCUGGAUGAGAAGCGGCACCUGGAGGCGCGGAUCGGGCAGCUGGAGGAGGAGCUGGACGAGGAGCAGAGCAACGCGGAGCUGCUGAACGACCGUUACCGCAAGCUGAGCCUGCAGGUGGAGACGCUGACGACGGAGCUGGGGGCCGAGCGCAGCUUCUCGCAGAAGGCGGAGAACGCCCGGCAGCAGAUGGAGCGGCAGAACAAGGAGCUGCGGGCCAAGCUGGGCGAGCUGGACUCCUCCGUCAAGGCCAAGUACAAGCUGACCAUCGCCACCCUGGAGGCCAAGGUGGCCCAGCUGGAGGAGCAGUUGGAGCAGGAGUCCAGGGAGCGGAUCCUGUCAGGGAAGCUGGUGCGUCGGGCGGAGAAGCGGCUGAAGGAGGUGGUGCUACAGGUGGAGGAGGAGCGUCGGAGCGCUGACCAGUUCAAGGACCAGGUGGAGAAGGGCCACAUCCGGCUGAAGCAGCUGAAGCGGCAGCUCGAGGAGGCGGAGGAGGAGGUGUCGCGGGCGAACUCCAGCCGGCGCCGCAUGCAGCGGGAGCUGGACGACGUCACUGAGUCGGCCGAGUCCAUGAACCGCGAGGUCACCACGCUGCGCAACCGGCUCAGGCGCGCCCCCCUGACGUUCACCACCCGCACGGUGCGUCAGGUCUUCCGGCUGGAGGGCGUCUCAGAUGAUGAGGCCGACGGGCCCGAUGCGGAGACCCCGGCUCCCGACCACCAGCCGCAGCCCCCCCCGGCCGAGCCCCCGGCCCCGUGAGGAGCCCUGGGACCGGGCCCCCCGGCGCAGCGACGAAGCCAGGCUCAGCACUGGGUCUUGGGCCACAUCCCGGCCCCACGCUGGGGGCUGGUCGCGUAUCAGGCAGCACUUUAGAAUGGGGGGCCCUGGGGAGGGGGGGGGUGGCUGCAUCCUAACUGGCUCCCCUAUGAAAUAACCCCCCUGUCCCCCACCAGGAUCUGACCGCUGGGGGGCACAGCAUCAGCACCCCCCAUUGGGAUCCCCCCAACCCAGCACCCACCAGCCUGGGAUCUGCCCCCCCAAAUCAGCACUCCCCCUGGCCAGGGAUCCCCCGCCCCCCUCACCCAGCACCCCCCACCUGGGAUCCCCCCUGGACCCAGCACACUCCCCCUGACCUGGGAUCCCCCCGACCCAGCACCCCCCCCGCCUGUUCAGCCCCAGGACUAGAGGGGCUGCCUGAGCACAUUCCCCCCUUUCCCCGCGUCGUGCUCCCCUGUGGGGCGGGGCUGGCCGGGGGCGCCCCCCACCCUACACUCUGGAAGAAGCAGGCACUGAAGGGUUAACUGGCUCCCUGGGGCCGAACCCCCCCCCUUAGAUCCAGUCCUGGGCCCCACGUGUGUGUCACCCCCGGCUGCUGGGUCCUGCCCCCGCCUGGGCACCCCGGCCUGGCCAUCAGGGGCACCCCGGGCCCUCAUUGGCUUCAGCCCCCUCCCUGCCAUCCGGAACCGCCCCCCCCCCCAGGCCCAUCUACCCCGGUGACCCGCCCCCUCCCUGCCCUCCGGAGCCACCCCCCUGGGCCCAUCUACCCCGGUGACCCGCCCCCUCCCUGCCCUCCCUGGGCUCAUCUACCCCAGUAUCCCGCCCCCCCAGGCCCAUCUAGCCCCACAUCCUGCCCCCCCCCACCCCUUUUGAGUUUUCCCACAUCUCAGCAGCUCAGUGUAAACCCUAGUGGGCCCCCGUGGGGUUACAGCCAACACACGGGACACCCCCCCCCGCCCCCAGUGGCCACAGGAGAGAUGGAAACUCUUUGCUAAGCCCUCUCCCUCCCCCCCCCCCCGCUUCAGCAAACGCUGGGUCGCCAACCCCCCCCCCGGGCCCCUUUUCCUAGCGUCUCUUGGCCUUUGGCUGUGGGGUCACCCCCUCUCCCGGGUUGGAUCCUGCCCCCCCGUGUUAUUCUCUCUGCACAGUGAUUUGCGGGGGUGGGGUGGGGUUCCUAAGGUGGCUGGGUCUGGAGCCGUUGGCUUGUAGGCUACGUGGGGCUGUUGUGGGGUGUUUUGGCCCCCGGGGCGGGCACUGGCUGGGUGAGGACGUGGGGGGUUCGGCGGGUUCUGUUUGCUUUUCGUUUUACCCCCCAGUUUGUGUCUUCUAUUAAAGUUCAUCUCGGA